AGUUGCACUCGGGUUGAUAAUGGUUUGUUACAAUGUGAUGAACCUCGCAAUCACCUGGGCGCUUCACGACAACGAUACUCGAUGCAAGCAGAUUCGGAUGGAGACGGGACAACGGAUGGAAUUGAUUAUGCUAUACCGUGUGUGUAGUUCUAUCGACUCGUUCAACUUUCCCAUGGAUAAAAGUUGUCACGGCGAACCUAUUUGGUCCUCGCAUUGGACUAGCCACCGCAGUAAUUCUGGUGGGCAUGAUAACCGCGCGGAUGGCGCUAGGGAGGAUCAUAGUUGUUCUUGGACCUAUCAACCGGAUUUUGCUCACUAUAGAGGACAAUGGUGGGAUCGAGAGCAGCAUGGAGAUAAUUCAUCAUGGGUUUGGAGUCGAGGAGACGCUCCUUCUUGGAACUACGAUGACUGGUACUCAGUCGAGAACGGCGCUGACGAAUGGGCUUGGCAUGGUGAUGGAUGGUCGUGGUCGAAUGGAUUAAGUGGCAAUGCGGAAGAUUAUUCGUGGUACGAUGAUUGGAGUGGAUGGUCCUGGAAGGAAUGGGACGAGUCGAACACAAUGGGUGCUCGUGAUUAUGAUAUUUCGGCUCGAGAUUCCGGAGCUCAAGCAUCUGCACCUGCGAACAUACAGGUCAACGUCGGAGGGAGGUUGCCGCCUAGCAACUGGCGGGGCAACUGGAGCUACAUCGGAUCGCUGAAGCUACAAGAGGAGGAACUGAAUGGAACUGAGUCACUCAACCGGGUCAACGAUUUGGCUGAUCGAAUCGCGGGGUCUAUGGGAGAUUGUAGUAAUCUUCGAGUUGAGAAUACUCGAAAAACGGGCGCUGAUGUUACUAUGAAGAGCCUGGAGUGUCGAGAUCAUGAUAAUUGUGGUGUCCGAUUGCGCGCUGUCAUCGACUCCAUUGACUCGGAGGUUCUGAUUUUCCGCAACGAUAAAUCACAUUCCGAAGUCGCUCGAGGUUCCGCCCUGAGUCGUUUUUCGACCAUAAAAUUAGCUGCUGAUGUUCGUGCUAAGAUCAAGUUGGCUGUUCGUGCCAAUCGAAAUACUACGGCAGGAGAUUUGUAUGCCAAAUUCGUGGCCCCGCAUCCAAUCAAUUAUCCGAGUGGUGAAGACGAGAGUGCUCGGGAGUAUCGGAGGCGAUUGAAGAAGCAUGUAGGCCACAUUAAGAAGGGAGAGAUUAGACAGAUGAGGCAGGAGGGUUUCGAGAGUGUGGAGGAGUUCUCACGAACAACUGCACAGCGGCAUUCGUGGGCCGAAACUGAUUGGGCCAAAUGCUUACAGCUAUUGCAGGAUGGGAGCAGUCUGAAGCCAGGCAUGGUGCACAUUGGGAGCAUGAUUGGGUCUGAGCAUUAUUGUAUUGCCGUGUGCCCUACAGCUGGUAUUGAGAGUCUCUAUCAUUAUGCUAAGGCGGCUGCAAAGGAGAAAUCUGCCAUUACAAUCUAUUGUGAUGGUCAGCCUAGCGUUGUAAGAGGUAAUGACUCAACCACAUAUACUAUUGGAGUCUCCAAGGUGAGCUUGACGACUGGUGCAAGAGGUGAUCAGCCAUUCAGAACGAGCCUAUGCCCUGUUUUAUUCUGUCUGCUCGAUUCCGAGAACAAAGUUGCGCUGGGAAGUGCGUUUGGCUGCUUCAAAAACUUGCUUCAGAGGAUUGUGGCUGAUUUGGAUAUCAAAAUAGGUGGUGCCGUGGUGGAUGCCGAUGUCGCUGCUGUACAAGCGCUUCGCGAUACUUUCGGCAACAUAAUGGUACACCGUUGCAGGUGGCACAGAGAGCAAUCCAUUGCGAAGGCAGAUAAGCUAACUGCUGUUGAUAGAGCUCAAGCAAAAUCGAUCGGUGAAAUGCUGGAGCGCUCUGGUGAUCCAAUGGUUCAUAAGGGUAUCCUAAAGUGUGCAUUAGCUGACACGAAGACUUUCUCAACGAGGCUGCGCAAGUAUCUACAGACCUCAUCAGAAGAGCGCUUCGGCACAUGUUAUCUUUCACCUGUAUGGUACGAUGAUGUCCGACAGCCACACUUAUUGACGAUGUCACUCGAUAAUAACAUCAGUGAAUCAUUCAAUGCUGUCGUUAAGCGCAAGCUAGGACGCCGAAUGGCUUCUGGAUACGAGGUAUAUACCCACUUUCUUGAGAUAUCGACAAUACUCGAUGCGUACUUGGAACGAGGAACCUUCACUAAGUACGACACUGUCAGGCUUACCCUGCUUGAUAGCAGUAUCUCUCGGGCUUCGACUCGCUUACCCACUUCAUCGAUACGAGUCUCUGAAGAAAUGUAUCUAGUGGCCUCGGCUGGUCGGGCCCAGCAGAAACUUAUGAGCACUGACAUUGAGAAGUUCCACAGUCUGGAUCAUUUGCUAUUGAGAGACUGGGAUACAUCAGUUCUAUCUCUCUACUCUGUGAGAUGGUUAUGCGAGCAAUGGGUGUGCCAGUGUAUGGCUUAUUGCCAAAGCGGGCAGUGUCAUCACGUUGCAAUGAUUGUGGAGACUAUUAGAGGUGCAAGCAACUCUCAACAGUGCUCAGCAGUCUUUGGACGCCAUGCAGUCACACACAACACGUCUUCACUGCUACAUGGCAGUUCACCAUCGCAACAGAUGGAUGCAUCAUCAAGAAGCUCUACCAAUGCGGUACAACCUCCAAUCGGUAAGCGUAGGAUAGCAGAUGGUGUUCUACGCAAGAAUGGACGACCGCAGUAUUGGGGUCCUGCGCUGAAAAAAAAUAAGACGGAUACAAUGCCAAUCAAGCCCAUAGAUCUCGAUUCUCUCCCUCCCCAUAUCGCUGCAACUGUGCGUGAUAAUAUAUAUGAAUCUCACGACUAGAAUCUAGCAUCUAGUCACUACACUAGUUGAACUUAUUCCUGCUCUCAGUCAACUAUUAUUUUGUAGUAGCGUAGUUCAUAAUUUUCUCAUCGAGUAGUCUCCUUUCCUCAACC